UGUUCUGAAUUGAUCACGUCUAACAUCCUGGAUUUUAACGCAUCCUUCUGCAACGAUGGCCAGGGAGACUAGGGGUGUAGCCAGAGCGGCGCGAGGUGAAUCAGUGAUAGAGACGUGGCACUGAUGUAAGCAGCCUCGACUUCGCCCGGCGCCAAGAGGAAACGCGACUCACCAUCCCCUGUAAUCCCUCCACCUCAGGUCGAGGGUGAUCCGGAUGCCAAACGUCAAAAGAUCACCCUGAAGCUAUCCACCAAGUCGUCCCCUGAGAAGGCAAGCAGCCCGGAAAAGGUUCAAGUCACGGAAGAAAAUCUCCAAACACCAGUAGAAGCCAAGGAAGAGGCUGCUCCUGCAUCCGGAACAAGGCUCAGCGCAGAGCUCCGGGCUGCACUCGCCCUCAUUAUUGCUCAAAUGGCCGUCCACCUGCCUGCACCGAUGAACAAAAUCUUAAGCCUGAGGCUACCACCAGACUUCAAGGAGUCAGAGGAAAAUACUCUUGGUCAUGUUUUCAAGCAGGACACCCUGACGUGGGAGGCUCUAGUCAAACUCUUGCAUAUCUUCUGCGAGAAUCUUCUUGUCCCUUGCUCGUACCCCAACCCCAUGCCACCGCUCGAACGUUUCGACCAUCCCGUCCCAUCCCUGAGUUCCCAUUAUCCGCCGCACGUCAUCUAUACGUUUUGUGUCGCCAUAUACAACCUCAUGCGUCGCAUUCAGCCGGAGGAACACCUGGAUACUGGGUCAACAACGCGAUGGGGUUUGAUGCAAAAGACACCACAAGGAGAGUAUUUCUCCUCCCCGGCGGAUCUGCGUGUAGAGGAUGCCAUGAGUCGCAGACUCAACAUUGGGACGACUGUGCUCGAGACGCUGGCUGCCCGGGGAGAUUCCUUUGGAAGUGCGAUGCCGAUGACUGUUCAAUCAACUCUAGCUAGUGCCAGCCGACCAACACGCACAUUGUCCGAAUCUCUGGUUAGGAAAGCCAGCCUUAAGAUGGGCGAAUGGAAGCAGAAGCGAGCUACGGGAGGAUUUGGAAGUAUUGUCCGUGGAGUCACCCCCAUAGUCAAUGGAUGGACGCCGAGCUUCGCGCCCACGUACGAUAGCGUCCAUACAGUUGGGCUUGGCUUCACGUCCACCAUUGACGCAGCAUACGAGAGGGCGUGGCACCGGAGAUGGGCAUGUCCCGAGCCUCCGGCCAACACCGGCUGGUGGGGCUCGACCGAGGAGCAGAUUGAGUCUGUGGAUCAAUCUCUGGAGGAUAACUCCAGUUUGAUCGAGGAGCUCCAAGAAUGGCAAGCUUAUCGUGUCAGGGCGAAUUUGAACAGCCCCACAGAGCGAGAGCUUCUUGCUGCCGAUCAACUGCUCAACUCCCUUGCGAAAUUGGCUGGGCAGACCACACCAGUGGAGCUCGCUGGAAGGAUCAAUGCACAUAAGCUCGCCCAAAGUGUCAUCCCGACGUCGGCGCCUUCUAUCCGAGGUACACUGGAUCCUCGUAGACCGCGCGCUCUUCGUGACAAUACUACGAGCCGCACUCAGCCAGCAGGAUCGUCCUCCGCUCAGGUCAAGCCACCGUCCACACCUCUCAGAGCGUAUAAUAGCGGCAACACGGUCUAUGGCCGUAGCACCCCGACCACGAGCACGACCACGAACACAACUGCAUAUAACGUACGACCUAGCGGGCCUGGGCCGUCUAAUCUGCGUCAGAGUUAUGCUCCAAAUGGCUUCAGGCCGGUACAGCGAUGAUUUGUUGUAUGCAUGCAUGCAGAAUCCUCAUCCUCUC